AUGUGCAUAUUAGAGGUAGACCCGGUCUCCUUGGAGUUGAUGUGUUUGUAUGUAUUCUUUUCACCCAACCCUCUGAACUCUGACCUCUGCAGUCGGGUUUGGACUUUGUGUAGGGAAAGUAGUGAGCUCUUUUCAAAUCAGCAUGGAGGCUAGGCAUUCUCUCUUCAUUGAAAGCUACGAUCUUUCCUGCCUAAAAUUUUCAACAUAUUCUUUUAUUUAUAGAGUGGUCUUUUGCAAAAUGAGAAGACGAGAACCUCCUUCUCAAACACGACAAGGCCUUCUUGCUGUCCAUGGCCAACCGCGGCAAGGACACCAACGGUUCCCAGUUCUUCAUGUGAGUACCAGCCCAGUACACAGACGGCGUGCGUAGCGUUCCUUCUCCUGUCGGACCUCAUCUAGAUCUCCGACUGCACACUUUGUGCUCAUCUUUUUAUUGGACUAUCACGCAUGGCAGUUGAGAGAUAGGAGUUUUGGGGUUUUGUUGACUUGAUUCUCGUAGUUUUGAUUUGUCAGGUCAAAUGUGUCAUUUCAAGUCAAGUCCCAAUAAGCAUAACCCUGCCUCCGACCCUCUAUUAGUUAGAAUUCACAGAAUACAGAGAAACAUCGACUCUCACCUACAAAUGUGUUACAUUUUCUCUCCACACGUUUUCUGUAACAUUUGCAGAAACUCUAACAUCCUGCCCUUCCAAGGUAAUGUGUCUCUCCAAGGCUGUGGUCUCUCUCUGUAUUCCUCUCUUUGUCUCUCUUUCUCUUUUUCUGUCUCACUUACUUGAUUUAUUCACUACUCUGUAGGGUUGCAAAAUUCCGGGAAUUUUCAAAGUUGGAAACUUUCCAUGGGAAUUAACGGGAAUUUAUGGGAAUAUACGGGAAUUUACAAAAUUGAAGGUUGGCUCUUAACGGGGGACUUAAAUAUAGUUGGGGAAAAUAUUAGUGCUGUCAAGCGAUUAAGAUAUUUUAUCGCGAUUAAUCGCAUUAAUGUCAUAGUUAACUCGCGAUUAAUCGCAAAUCUUUUUUCUAUGCUAAAUAUCCCUUGAUUUCUUUGUCCCAUUAAUUGUUCUAAUUUUAAUGCUCUUAUCAACAUGGAGAAGUGCAUCGGCUUGCCUUGUGCAAAUGUUUUUUUAUUGAUAACAACAUUGGCAUAUACUGAUCAAAACAGGACGAAACAAAAAAAAGCCUAUAGUGCAAUUAUACGAUGAACAUACAAACAUACUGCCUUGAACAUAGCAGUCAGGCUACUGCUUCUUUGUUUUGAACCCUAAAAAAGGGUUAGGGUUUUUUAUAAUAAAUUGCGUUUAUUGCGCGCUAAAAAAAUUAAGGCUGUUAAAAUUGGUUUGCGUCAACGCCGUUAAUAACGCGUUUAACUGACAGCACUAGAAAAUAUAUUUUAGCAUUAUCUUGACUAACACAACCAGAUUUCAUGCAAGUAAACUUGAAUAUCUAUGCUAUUCCUCAAUCACGCUAGCACACUGCUUACUGCAGGGCUAUUGAGACCCCGCCCCGCCCCCUACAUGCACUGUGCAUUCCUCCAUCACAUGUGCACUGAUGACUUCUAGAAACCUGGACCACACUUUUGAGCCCAGAGCAUAUUUAACUCAAAGUUCAUGUUUUUGUUCUUCAAUGAAAGAUUAAAAUAAUUAAGACUUGUUAGUUAUUUAGAAAUAAAUCUGCUAAAAUUAUGUUUUUCAGGUUUUUGUAGUCUUUAAAUGUUUUUUUUGCUUGCUGUGUCUACUUAUAGCAAUAUAACAAAUUUAUUUAUGCUUGGAUAUGAUAGUUAGAUUAAAUUACCCUAAUUUUCAUUAAUUCCCAAGUUUAAAUUCCCAUGAAACUUUCCCAUGAAACUUUCCGGAAAUUUACCGUAAAUUGUCCACCCCUUUGCAACCCUACUACUCUGUAUUGAGAAAAGUUGUGUUGUGUGCAAUUACCUUUUGUAACAACAGCAAGAAACAAACCAAUCAUUCAAUGUGAUUGAGAGCAUUUCUAUGCGUGUCACCCAGCGUCCAGUCGAGAUCAGUAGUUAUUCACCAUACUGGGAGUUAAGGGAGCUCAUAGGAAGCAUAUUUUUCUUACAUCCAUGUUGAUUAAGUCAUAUAUUGUGUGGUUAUUCCCAAGGGGAACUUGAUGUAUACUAAUUGGGGCCCUGUCCCUGUCCCCCCACCCCCUUGUUUCAUGACCUUCCCCUUGUUGGCUUCUGGAUGCUCUUCACACAGUACUACCAAGAUGGCGCCUCACCUCGAUGGGGUGCACGUGGUGUUUGGGCUGGUCAUCUCCGGCUUCGAGGUGAUCAAGAAGGUGGAGGGUCUGAAGACGGACUCGGCCAGCCGGCCCUACGCUGACGUCAGAGUGGUGGACUGUGGGCAGCUCUUCACCAAGUCCGCCAACGACGUGCUCGAGGGCAAGAGAAAGCGGGCCUCUCAGUGUGCAGACCUGUCCCAGAGCCGCCAGGGGUCUUCCUCUGGCUCGGACCCCCACGGGGAGGCUGGCAUACGCACGCGCUGCAAGCGCAGGAGGCGCAAUGCAAGCAAUCGCUCGGAGAACACAACCAUAAACAGUGACCCAAUCCUCUCCGAUCAAAGUCCCGUGGAGGGGGACCUGGAGGAGGGAGGGUACGAUGAAGACGAGGAGGGAUGGAAGGAGCAUGUUGGGAAGAGGAGCAAAGCUGUGGUGAGGCCGGAGGAGAUUCCACCCGUCCCAGAGAACCGCUUCCUGCUGAGGCGGGGCAUGGCGUUGCAGGAGGGGAUGCCAGAUCUGAGAACGGAGCAUGACGAGUCGUCUGUGCCAUGUGACCUGAAGCCCACGGUCACCAAGUCUGGGCGCAAGAUCAAGGGAAGAGGGACAAUGAGAUACCACACUCCCACUCAGUCCAAGUCUCGCUCGGCCUCGGCAGAGGAGCCAGGCAGCAGCGAGACCCCGCCCCACUGGAAGGAAGAGAUGAAGAGGAGCCAGGUGUACCACCCCCCCAGCGCCGAGAGGUGGAGCCGAGGGGACCGGCUGAAUGACCAUUCUUCAACCAGAUGGGGCGACAGGAGUGACUCUGCAUGGUCCCGUUCCCAGGACGGCUCCCCUGGCCAGGAGUCCAAUCGGUCCAGCCUACACCUCCCAGCCAAAAAGGAGAAGAAAAAGUCAAAGCGCAAGAAAAAAAGCAAGAAACGAAGGCAUGCCAAAAAGAAGUUCUCCAAGAGCAAGCCUCCGGAGCCGCUCACCUCGGAGAGUGAGCGGUCUCUUUCCUCAGCCAGACAGUCACAGCUAAGGGGACCUCUCUCAGCUCCCUGUCCUGGACGCACACUGUCCAGUAAGAGGUCAUCGCCUCCUUCCUCCAGAAAGUUGCGCUCCUACUCCCGUUCCUACACAUCCAGCCAUUCCAGAUCUCAGAAAGGGUCACGGUCCUACUCAAGAUCAAGAAGUUUAUCGAGAUCGAGAAGCCGUUCUAGGUCGCUUUCCAGAUCAAGAUCUCAGUCCUAUUCCCACUCUCGUUCUAGAUCCAGGACGAGAGCACGAUCUAGCUACAGAUCCAGGUCUGUGUCAUGCUCCAGGAGGAGGACUUCCUCAAAAUCUCCCAGAAAAAGUAACGAGAGCAAGUUGAGGACACGGAAAUUGACUCAAGUGCAAGCAAAGAUUCCAGAGCCCAAAGUCCCACCUGUGGCGGGUGUUCCUACAGUUCCAGUUCCCGAAACUGUCCCGGUAAUCCCACUCAGUGACAGUCCUCCACCCUCUCGCUGGAAGCCAGGUCAAAAGCCCUGGAAGCCGUCCUAUGUCAAUAUUCAGGAAAUGAAAGCAAAUCCAGGCUCCACUCCCCCGUUCCCCUCUGGUCAGGAGCCUGUUGUUGGGAUGGUUCUGGUCCAAACAGUAGCUACCCCAAAGAUUACCCAAGGGGACUCACAGAGUGGGUACAGUCCCAAGGCCCGCCGACCCCCAACACAGCGCUCCCCCAGCGGUUCCUCAAGUGGCUCCUCCAGGGGUCGGUCGUACAGCCGCUCAUUCAGUCGCUCCCGGAGUGGGGGUAGAUCUAGGUCGGGGUCUAGGUCUCCCCAUAAACACCGCAGCAGAUAUGCAGUGUGUAGCGGAUCAGACUCCAACCACGACUCACACAAGAGGGGUAAAGACAGGAAGAAGUCUAUGGAAAAAGAGUGGAAGAAAUAUUACAGUUCUCUAAAGAGAAUCAAGAAUUUAGAUAAGUACAUUUCCCUUUCUUGUAAUCAAAGUCCCAAUUCUGGUGCCAUAACGGGUGGUGAGAACAGCCCGAAUGUCAAUGGUGCAAGUGAAAGAGUAUCAUCUAUAAAGGGGGAGGAGAACCAUUCUGUAGGUCACCAGGUAAAGCGUACCAAUUCAAUGUCCAACCCGAACAGCAGGUCUGAAUGGGACAGCGAUGGAGACAAAGAGGGCCAAGCAAACAGUACUGGUGCAACUCAGAAGCCCAACCCAGGAGCCAGUGAAGCCCUUCAGAGAAAGCUGUCUGUCCUGGCUGGGUGGGAUUCAGACAGCGAUUCUGAACACCUUCUAGCCAAGACCUCAGCCUCUGAGAAGGAGGAAGGGGAGGCCAGCUCGGAGUCGGAGCGAGAGGCUGGCUCCAAGCCUGGAUCCAAGGCUCUUCCCAGGAGCGCAAAGAAGGUCACCCACUUGGAGAAACGCAAGAGCAAGAAGUCCAAACGCAAACAUAAACGCAAAAGGAGAGGAGAGACCAAAUCUGGCUCCGGACACCCCAAGGACAAGGCAAAGAGAUCCAAAAGGAAACGCCACAAGUUGAAGGAGACCUUUCACUGGCAGCCACCUUUAGAGUUCGGAGAAGAGGAUGAUGAGGUCGAAAACCAGAAAGAGAAACGGGCAGAGAAGCAUAAUAUAUCUGGAGUUGAAAGCACUAAAACACCUGACCAUGUGCGUAACAAGGAACACAAUAUCCCUGCUUCUGGUAACAAUGGUUCGACGAAAACUCCAUCCAACCGGAGAGAAGAACAGGUGCAUCUCAGACCAAGAGGCUCUGUCCAUGAGAAUCACCCCAAAGAGAAACUGCUUGAUCAUCCAUCCUCCAACAGUAUCGCCCAGGCUCAGACUUCAUCAGCGGAUGAUAUGGACAUCUGUACUCCGGAGCAUGAUACUGAGUCCAUAGUAGAGCCUGUGUUAAACACAACUCCUGAUUCAACCCUGACAACUAUUAUCAACUCAGUGAGUAAGACCACCCAGGACGACACGCUUCAUAACCAAGUUCCACCCCCGGCAAUCUUUGACAUCAGUUCCCACUGCGCAGCAGUGGGAACUAUUCUGGACCUGAAAUGGAAGCCCUUGAAAGGAACGACGCCGUCAGCGGUAGCCAGUCUUCUGGCGGUCUCCUCUAAGAGCAGCCGCCCGGCGGAGCACCUGACGCCCCGGGCCCAGGGGGUCAAGAUGGAGAUCAAAAGCAAGAGCCGGGUUCGGCCAGGCUCCCUCUUCGACGAGGUGCGGAAGACGGCCCGGCUCAACCAGAGGCCCCGGAACCAGGACAGCUCCAGUGAAGAGGACUCCCAGGCUGGGUCCAGGGAGGAGUCCCACACACCCAGGAAGUCCGGUUCCAUGUCCAGCCACCGGUCUCGCUCCAGAAGCCGCUCCCUUUCCUACAGCAGGUCUAGAAGUAGAUCUCGCCGCUCCAGCUCCAGCUCCAGCAGUCGCAGUAGGAGUCGGAGGAGAGGCGGCCGGAGGCGCUCACGCAGCCGCAGCAGCACGUACCGGAGCUACCGCAGUCACAGACGGACCUACAGCAGGAGCCACUCCAGGAGUCGGUCCUACACCAGGAGGUCCAGGUCGGACUCUGAUGACAGUGCCUCCUCCAGGAGCGCCAGCAGGAGGUGCAGGCGCCGCCGGAGGAGCCACAGUGACCGCAGUUCGGAGCGGCGCUCGUGGUCCUCUCCCUGGUCUAGCCGUAGCUCCUCCAGACACAGGACCCUCAGCAGGGGCAGCCGGUACAGCUGAGGCCCAGAACCAGACACCCUCCUCUCUGGAUGUCUGGAGACCACGUGGACCAGCUCUACCAACCGUCAGGGAAUGUUCUACGAUCCGUUUCUUCCAGAAUAUUAUUUUCGGACUGUCUUUGUUUUUACUACCUUCCCCACAAGUAAAAGGAACGUCCCUCCCUGUAAAUGUUUGUAAAUAUUUUUGAUUGUAAUUUCUUUAUUAAUUGUUAAUAACCAAAUUGUCAGGACUCUAUAUAUAUAUAUAUAUAUAUAUAUAUAUAUAUAUAUAUAUAUAUAUAUAUAUAUAUAUAAAUAUAAUUUUUUUAACCUCUACCACAACAUGGUGAACAGGGUUGAAGAGAAGCGCCAUACCCUUCCCAGGGUCGAUUGCUUUCUCUAAAUAUUUUUUUACUGAUUUCAAAUGCAUUUUUUUUCCUCCUCAAACCUAACUGCAAACCUACAAACAGUUUGUAGGAGCUUUUAUUGUUUGUCUUGGUUAAGAAUGUAGCCUGCUGUGUUAAAUAGGAUGACUCUAAUUUGAAAUAGAUUUGGAACAUGGAGACCAAAUAAAUAGUCCCAACCUGAA